AUGGCGCCGCCGAAGAGCUCAGCCCACGGUGACUCAGAGGCGCAGAGGCCGCAAAAGCGAGGAGGAUCGAUUCUCGCACACCUCCGAGAGUUAUCGCUGGAAGCACGAAAAGAUGACCCAAUGUCUGUUGUGCUGAUGUAUCAAGCUGGCGUAUACCUGUUAGGCGGCCAUGUUGACGUCAUCGAAGAUGCUUUGAGAAAGACCUUGAAGUCCCGAGAUGGCAGCCAUUUCAUCAUAAUCGUUGAAUCGCAGGACUCGGUAGCGUCGCCGCCCAGGCUCGGUUUCGACUACAUGAGAGAGGAGUACUGUCUUGCCUUGGAGACAUCUGAGAUAACUGAUGGUCUCUCCAUUCUUCUUUCCAGAAACCGAACCGGACUGGCAACCGACCGCGAGCAAUUGGUCGCAUUUUUCAUGCGCACCAUUGAGGAAUACUUCGAUGGUGCCGAACACUUCGGCCUCAUGCUUCGUGCGACGGACGCCCACACGAGCUCGAACUCCUCGCAUGACCAGGAUAGACCUCGUCAUCAGGAGCCAUCGAAUGCCGUCACGAAGCCCGAAUCCGUUGCCAUUGAGACAGCGGGUAAGCACUGCGCUCGUACCUGGACACCGGACAACGGCGUUCAGGGUGGUGUAUGUCAGAAGCUUUGGGCUCUGUUCUGCUUCAAGUUCCAUAAAAGUUUUGACGAUGCUGACGUCCAGGGGCUUUUUGAGAAAUAUCAUGACGCAGGCUACAUUCAAGCCCACCGCGUUGGGAAAAUGUGGUGCUCAAGGGAAUACGCCAUGUAUUGCAUCUUAAAGAUGGCUUAUUGCAAGCUUGACUCUACAGCCCGUCCGAGUUGGGAUGAGCUUGGCUUGAACAUGCCGCCUUGCAGGGAAUUGAUCCAUCAGGACGACUUGGAUGAGGGUUAUCCCAAGUGGUUAAAGAAGCACUGGCCUAGAUUCUACGCAGAGAACGAAUACCAGAUCCCUACGAAACGUAGGAUCGCACCCAAGACGACUCCCCUUGCCGCUCAAGCAUCGGUUGCCGCGAGUGCAAGUCACUCUGCCGAAACUGCAUGA